AUGGCAUUCACUAAUAUCCUUCUCAUCGGCGCGACGGGGAACCUAGGCAGCUUGAUCCUCAAACACUUGAUAGCAUCACCAGCAGACUAUAAGGUGACGGUUCUGACCCGAGAGUCGUCGUCCUCCGCCGCAACAACCAAGGAUGCAUUCCCUUCAAGCGUAACAGUACGCAAGAUCAGCUCGGACUACCCGGACGCGGAGCUCGUCGAAGCAUUUAGGGGGCAGGACGUGGUGAUCGGCGCAAUCUCGAUGACGGGGAUGCACCUGCAGUACCGGAUCAUCGACGCGGCGGUGGCGGCGGGCGUCAAGCGCUACUUCCCGACCGAGUUCGGGCUGGACGAGCUGCCGGACUGGCUGGUCGAGCUGCGGCCCAUGUUCCGCAUCAAGCACGACGUGCGUGAUUACUUGGUCACCAAGGAGAAGGAGGGGCUCCAGUGGACCUGCAUCGUGUGUAACGUCUUCUUCGAGAUGGGGAUCAUGAGUGGGUUCUUUAAUUUCCACUGGGGUGUGGGAGAGGGUGGGAAGAAGAACAAGGCCGUCUUGGUCGACGGGGGAGACGUCAAGUGGGUGGCCACGACGUUGGAAACCGUGGCGGUGGCGGUGGUGAGGUCGAUCGAGAGGGCCGACAAGACGAAAAAUAAGCUCUUGCUGAUUCAGGAUUUCCGGACGAGUCAGAGGGAGUUGUUGGACCGAAUUCAGCUGAAGACCGGCGCCGAUGCGUGGACGGUCGAGGACGUCAAGUACGACGAGUGGCUGGAGGAGGCGAAGGAGACGGUUCGAGGCGGUGAUAACAGUGCGUUGGGCAGGUUGACUUUUGGUACCGUCUUGCUGGGAAGCAACUGGGAGGAGAGAGCUGAGUACGGCAACACCCUCUUGGAUCUGCCUACUAGGUCGUUCGAGGACGCCAUUCAGAGUGUUCUCAAGGAUGUCUCGUAG